CAAUUUAAUGAACAUUUUGAGGCUCUUCGCGUGCUGCGUGGCGAUGAGCAGUUUAGUCCCGUUUGACAUCAGCGGCAAUUAAAUAUUUCACAGAGAGUAUAGCUGUCGCAUUUAUGUACUAAUAUAUAAAUUUUUAACCCAAAAUAUUAUAAAAAAAAAAUAGGUUGACGACGUGAGGUAAACAGCAGUAGCGUCGCCUCGAAACGGAAGUAGUGGGUGCGCGCUCUCCGACUUCGCGAGAAUGCGCGCAGACGGGAAGUGGAAAGACGGAAGAAAGGACGCCGGAGCUAAACUUGCCAACUUUUAUUUUACGGCCGAUGAUUCUGCACAAUGUUACAAAGGAAGUUGUGACAUAUUUCGACCAUCGAAUUAGUGCGCCAAACCAUAGACGCCGCCCCCCCCCCACCUCACAAUCAUUUCUAAAUACGACCCGGUGACUCCGCCAGUUUUCAAACAGCCACUUCGCGUUCCCUCAACUGGGCCACAAAGUCACUUUUUUGUUCCCUUUUUUUGUUGUUGUUGUUGUUGUUGUACAGGUUUCUUUGUCAGUGCGGCGUUUUCAAACGACUUCCAAGUACAAUAGAAAUAAUCCCAGCACACUAGUGAGUUUCCUCGCUAAAAGUUUCUCCUGGUUGGGGGUGCAAGUUGGCUACCGAGGCCUACGGCGGGUUACAUGUGUGAAGACCGCGGCCGACAAGGCACUCAUUCGGCGCUCUCAACAUGUCGGCCCAGGCUCAGAUGCGAGCGAUGCUGGACCAGCUCAUGGGCACGGCGAGAGACGGAGACACCAUGAGGCAAAGAAUCAAGUUCUCAGAUGAUCGGGUGUGCAAAAGUCAUCUUUUGGAUUCCUGUCCUCAUGACAUUCUGUCGGGCACUAGAAUGGACCUGGGAGAGUGCGUGAAAGUCCAUGACCUGGCCCUCAGAGCAGACUUCGAGAUUGCCUCCAAGGACCACGAAUACUUCUUUGAGCUUGACGCUGCCGAGCACCUUCAGUCUUUCAUCGCCGACUGUGACCGCAGAACCGAGCUGGCCAAGAAGAGAUUAGCAGAGACGCAAGACGAGAUCAGCGCUGAAGUAACCGCAAAGGCCGAACGCGUCCACGAGCUGAACGAGGAGAUCGGGAAGCUGCUCGCCAGCGCCGAGCAGCUCGGAGGCGAGGGCAACGUGGACGAGGCCCAGCAGUUGCUCGAGAAGGUGGAGAAGACCCGCAUCUUGAAGAAAGAAGCCGAGGAUAUUUACAGAAACUCAAUGCCAGCCUCCAGUUUUCAGCAGCAAAAACUGCGCGUGUGCGAAGUGUGCUCCGCCUACCUGGGAUUGCAUGACAACGAUCGACGUCUCGCUGACCACUUCGGGGGCAAACUUCACCUGGGCUUCAUUGAAAUCCGCGAGAAACUUGAAAAGCUCAGGAAAGCGGUUGUGGAGAAACAAGAAAAAAUGCGGACAAAGCGCAGAGAGGAACGGGAACGAGAUGACGAACGGGAUCGGCAGUGGGACGUGGAUCGGGACCGCGAAAGGGAGCGAGAGUGGGAACGGGAGCGUGAGCGCAGGAGGUCGCGAUCCAGAAGCGCAGAACGAUACAGGGACGGCGGGGGCAGUUCAUCCUCUCACCGGCCGAGACGCCACCGCUCCUCUCGUUCUAGAGAGGAGGGCGGGGACCGCGAUCGGGAGCGAGAGAGGAGGCAUCGGCACAAGGACCGACACCGCUCUCACUCGCACUCUCACAGGCACAAGAGAAAGAGGUCUUCCAGAGAAAGGUCGUCGCACUCCCGGGACGCGGAGCCCUCGCUCCCCCAGGAGCGCAGUCACGAGGAGUGGCGCGACAACAGGGCGGAGUACAAAGACUGGGAGGACCGGGAGAGGUCCACCUCCCCAGACACGGCCGGGGCGCGGCAGCGGGAGAGGUCGCUGUCCUUGGAGAGGGAUCGACAUUCCAGCUCCGAGGAGCGGGAGUCGGGAGAGAUUUGACGGGGACAAAGGAACAAAACCGCAGAUCCUGUCUUGAUGUCAAGCCAUUGUUUUGUGCGAGGGUAAUAAAGACGAGUUCAUAUUCAAAGCGCUAUUUGUACAUUAGCGGUGUGGAAAAGUUACCGUGGGGAUGUUGGGAUGUCGUCAAUUUAACAGGCAGAGUAGCUUUUAUACGACGUUCAGUUCAGAGUGUUGUGCUCGAGUACGUUUUGUCUACGCCAGCAAUUAUUUUCACCGUCAAAGGAGGUCUGCUUUAUGUCUGCGCAAAACAAGUGCUGUGUUUUUGUUUUUUUUUUUAUUCAUCUACCGUUGUUCGUCUUAAAGGACUAUUACGUUUCUGUAGGGGUGGCUUACAGGGUUUGGAAAUUUUAAUGAUUUAUAACCACUGCAGUAGAUUUUGGUCGAGGCCCUCCGACCGCUUCGGUUUGUCCUUUUGUCGACUGCCUUCGAGCCGUUUUGAAAAUCUGGUACUGGCAUUUAAUUGGCCUUUAAUUUCACAGAAAGAUGCUUGGAAAUUAAAGUUAACGAGUCAUCACACUGCCAUUCUCGGCGUCUGAAGUGACAUGACGUGCAUGUUUACAUCCCGGCGUGAAACGAGGGGCGCGUAGCGGGCGCUGUGGGAGGCUUCAACUUUGCUGUGCUGCCAAAAAGUAAUAAACUUUCUCCUUGA